UAUGCAUACGAUUAAACUGUUUUUGAUCAGUCCAUCUGAAUGCUUUAGCAGGACGGACAUCUCACAGUUUUCUCAGAACAUUAUGAAGACUUAAUGGAUUACAAAACAGUAAAAAUGUGCCAUCCCAAAAUGAACAGUUUCAUGUUACUGACCACGCUUGGUCUACUAAUCACCGGAACACUUUGCCAUAAUCAUCAUUGGGGCUCCUCUGGCAGUGAUGAGAGGGUCUAUCCGUACCCCUUUCCUGGAUUUUAUCCAUAUCAACCAAGGCCAGUUCCGACUCAUCCUCUGUCCCCUCUGUGGCCACUAAUCUUUGGGCUGCUGCCACGUCCUGCCCCAGCUCCAGCCCCGGCACCAGCCCCAGCACCGGCCCCAGCACCUGUACCUGGCCCCACAAUCAGACCCACCAUUCAUCGUGGAGAUUAG